AUGCAAAAAGAUAAUGAUAAAGAAAUUCGAAAAGAUGGAAAUAAUUUAGCUAAUUUAUAUUUAACAGAAGAUGAAUGGAGUGGUAUUGAAGAAUUAGUAUUUAUUCUUUAUCCAUUUUUUCAAGCUACAAAAUUUUUAAGUGGUGCUACUUAUUCAACAUUAUCUAUUUUUUAUCCUACAAUUAAAG